AUGGAUCCCUGUUUCUUUGCUGACAACUCACACCUAUCAUGCCCCGGUUCAGCAAAAGAGACUAAUAAUAUAACAACAAAACGUGUUAGAACUAUAAUAGAUUACAGCAAACGACGAGAUGAUGAUAUUCAUGAUCAGCUUGAGAAAAAAUUGCUAGAAAACCCAACUUUGACCCUAAGAGCCCAUCAUUCCUGUAUUUUGACUUAUACUUCAAAAGAACAUUGUCGUCGACACUCAGGGAAAUCAGACAGUGGGACAUUAAAUGCUACUCCCUCAUCACCUAAGCGGACAAGGCAUUCAGAAAAACUUUUCCAUUUCCAAUUUAAUUGCUUAUUUUGCGGAAACUUAUGUAAAGAAGAUCCCAAGCAUCCAAACAGAGGAUCAAAAAUAGUUUAUUGCCGAACUGGUGAUAGAAAAGAAAUUGGCCAAGCAAGCUUCAAAAGCAAUAUCCUGAGAAUUUGUCAUGAACGGGGUGAUGAGCUUGCACGACAGGUGCGUACACGUGUUGAAGGAGCAGUAUCUGAUUUACAUGCUGUUGAAGCUCGUUAUCACCUUGAUUGUUACAAAAAAUUCAUCAAUAAAAAAAACAUUGACCAUUUAAAAUCUGAAAAAACAGAUGAAACUGACCAAGCAUUAAUCAUGUUGGCUGACUAUGUGAAUCAACAUCAGCAUGAAAUUUGGAACUCAUUAGAGCUCCAUAAUGUGUACCUGGAAUAUGGUGGAAACAUUAAAAGAAAAAGAAUGAUGUUAAACCUGAAAACAAUGCUGGCUUCAACACAUGUUGUUCUUUCUUGCCACAAUUAUGCAAGCAUUAUGGUGCAUAAAUCUGGUGCAAAUAAGCUCAUCAAGCUGGUAGAUGAUAAAGAUGCUGCUGAAGAAACUGAUGAUGUCUACAUAGGGAAUAUUGCUGCAAAGAUAAAAAAUGAGAGCAAAGAUCGUCAACCUGAAAAUGGAAAAUACAACAUUCGAAUGAAUAAAGACAUAGCAACAAGGCCAGUAUCACCAACAUUGAUAAAGUUGUUAACAAGGAUUUCUAAGAGCCUAACUUAUGAAUGCCUCCCAGCAAUCAUGAUAGGCAAUAUGAUUACCAGUCUUGUGACCAAUAGGUAUACUCCACUACUAGUAGACCUAGGUGUUAAACUGAAAGACAGAAAUAUGAUUGACACAAUGCAUCAAUACCACACCUGCUGUUCAUAUGAUGAGAUGUUAAGAUUUAAGUCUAGUGCAGCACAAUCUGAGGAAUCACGUAUUGGAAAACAGGGUUUGUUUAAUCAGGAAAAUGGUCUAGUACAAGUCAUGACAGACAACUUCGAUGCCAACAUUUGUUCACAAAAUGGCCUUAAAUCAACACAUGCUAUUGCAAUGCUGAUAACCCAAUAUGGAAGCAGUAAUGAAGUAGAAAAUGAUGAUGAAGACUUUGACUUAACUAUCCCUAGGCUAACAAAGCAAGCUUCUAGAAGUCCAGAGCUACCAGACAUUGAGUAG